AUCGUCGAGUUGUGUUAUGGGCGCGCUUGCUCGUAGAUGUUAUUCAGCUGAAAUGCUAGCUGCUGGCUUUAAAACAGUUACCUUCGAUAUCGUAGUCGUACAAUGAUAAGCAGAACAUCAUCCGCGACCUUAUGCGAUUUUGAUUUUCAUAUUUUCGCGGUUUACCGUCGUCACGGUGUUAGUUGAUAUGUUUCGUUGACACACGCGAGCACGUUUGUAGUUUUUUUUUUACCAACCAUCGUCGCCUGCCGCCUUCUUACGAGUAUUAUCUUUGGUACAUUCGAUGAAUUUUUAUGGACGGCGGUGUAUCGAUACUACUCGCUGUAGCGGUAUACGACCAAUGGUCAUUACUGCCGCUUCAUAAUCAUCUCAUUGACUGCCCUGACCAAGUCACGUGCUCUUUCGCCAUCACAAAAAAACACCGAGAUGAAAUCAUUAUCAACGUGUGAAACCAGGUGAUGGCGUAGUCACGAAUAUGGCGGAAGCGUCUACACUAUGACGCGUAUGUUUUUAUUCCUAUGCCUACUGUUUUUGCUACUGAUAGACGGUUGUUCUAUGAAUCCCGACGCCAAACGCCUUUACGAUGAUUUGCUAUCAAAUUAUAAUAAACUCGUGCGACCUGUUAUCAAUGUUACGGACGCACUUACGGUGAGAAUUAAACUGAAGUUGUCGCAGCUCAUUGAUGUGAAUUUGAAGAAUCAGAUAAUGACCACGAAUCUUUGGGUUGAACAGUCGUGGUACGAUUAUAAAUUGACUUGGGAUCCGAAAGAAUACGGUGGUGUUGAAGGACUACAUGUUCCAUCAGAUCAUAUCUGGAGGCCGGAUAUCGUUUUAUACAACAACGCUGACGGUAAUUUCGAGGUAACGCUGGAAACCAAAGCUACUUUAAAUUACACCGGUCGCGUAGAAUGGAAACCGCCUGCUAUAUAUAAAUCUUCGUGCGAAAUCGAUGUCGAAUAUUUUCCAUUCGACGAGCAAACGUGCGUUAUGAAAUUUGGAUCAUGGACCUACGACGGAUUUCAAGUGGACUUACGACACGUAGACGAAGUACAAGGAACCAACGUCGUAGAAUUGGGUAUUGACCUGAAAGAAUUUUACACGUCUGUAGAGUGGGAUGUAUUAGCAGUGCCAGCGGUCAGAAAUGAAAAGUUUUAUACGUGUUGCGACGAGCCGUACUUGGAUAUUACCUUUAACAUAACCAUGCGAAGGAAGACGCUUUUUUAUACCGUCAAUCUCAUUAUACCUUGUAUGGGAAUAUCUUUCCUUACCAUUUUGGUAUUUUAUCUGCCGUCGGAUAGCGGCGAAAAAGUCAGUUUGAGUAUUUCGAUCUUACUAUCGUUGACUGUGUUCUUCUUGCUGUUGGCUGAAAUCAUUCCACCGACUUCAUUGGUUGUGCCCCUGCUGGGCAAAUUUGUACUGUUCACUAUGAUUCUGGAUACUUUGAGUAUUUGUGUGACGGUGGUUGUGCUAAAUAUACAUUUUCGUUCACCGACUACUCACGUGAUGGCACCUUGGGUGAAGAGAGUAUUCAUACAUAUUCUUCCCAGGUUACUGGUUAUGCGCAGACCUCAGUACCACAUGGAAAGAAGAAAUUUAGUCAGCUCGUGCCAUAGAAUAAUAGUAAGGACUUGUAACGGUCUUGAGCUUCGAGAUUCACAUAAUUAUAACACCGCACCAAGUUCAGCUUCCGAAUUAUUACACAGCAGCAGUCACGACGUCUUCCCUUCGACCGAUCACGAAGAUUUACCAGUGUCGUCGAGAGAUAUGGAGAGCGCUUCGUUAAGAAGUAGUUGUCGUAUUCACGGACCUUCUCCACUGCCGCCGCCUCCAAUUCACGACGAGUCAGCUUUCGAUUGCUCUCAUCAUGUGCAUUGGCAUCAAUGCCCCGAAUUGCACAGAGCCUUCAAUGGCGUCCAGUACAUUGCCGAUUAUACCAAAAGAGAAGAAGAUGCCAACAAGAUCAAAGAAGAUUGGAAAUACGUGGCGAUGGUAUUAGACAGAUUGUUCUUAUGGAUAUUCACAUUAGCUGUGGUAGUGGGAACGGCCGGAAUCAUAUUACAGGCACCUGCCUUAUACGACGAUCGAUUACCAAUCGGCAUUCGUCUGUCAGAAAUAGCAGCCAUGACAGCCAGAACCAAUUUCAGCAGAUCUAGGAAUAUUCCUUAACUCAAAUCUACCCUACGCAUUUGCUCAACGUAUCAGUUAGGCGCGAUUCUUUAAAUACGUACGUACAAAUAUUUUUCUUCAGCAGCAAAAUUACGAUUACUGUACGACAAGUCGACAACUACCUACUCGUUGUGCAGAGCAACCAGAUGAACUACCCCUAAAUGGCUGCUCAACUGAAUCAAUGCUCUCGAAUCGUUCAUUCUCUUUACCUCCCUUCUUCAUCUUUUACGUACAUAUUUUCUCAAAUUCAUUUUCAACGUAAUUGUAAUUUUCCUCGUUUCUAUAAACCUCUACUUCAUUCAUUUAUUUACCUAUUUUAAUUAAGUUUUCGUCUAUUUAUUAUUAUUAAUUUUUUUUAAAAUAUUGAUUGUUAUCGUUUUAUAUUCGCGUCAAUGACGCGUGAUCGUUCUAUUUUUACGAAUAUUAACGACGAAUAUGAAAUACCUAGUUACCUAAUUACCUACCUUAUUUCAUAUUACUACAAUUGUUAAGCUGUUGCAAUAAAAAAUCAAUCUAUUUUGUAGUGAGUAUAGGUGCUCGAAUGUGGCAUUACGUAUGCUACGUUGUAGAGUUCUCAAAAAUAUCGAGUGUUCUUUCUGACCUGACAACGUAGCGGAAAAAGAUGGGAUCUGAUCGGGUCUGAACAGAUCUUAUCUGAUCAAAAUUUUAAUCUGAUUGGAUUUAAUUGGAUUUGGGGAAAUCUCCGGAUGAUGCCGGAUCUGAUCAGAUCUCCCUAGUUGGGUCUCAUCAGAUCUGUAUAGAUCUCAUGUAAUUAAUCCAAAUUCAGAUCAGCGGUUUGAUCAGAUUACAAUCUAUUCAGACCUGAUGACAUUCAAUUUUUUUUUUUUUUUUGAAAAACACACUUGAUAAAGUUUUUGGUUACAAUUUUUGUCAAGAUCAAUGCCGAACACUUCCAGUCAUUCUCUAUAAAAAUUUGACCUCGUUACUAUUUUUUUUAAUUUCAUAAAAGUCUGCGUAACCGCAUAAGGCACUCCAUUUUUUUUGAGGACUCGGUAUUUUUAUGUGUAUUAUAUUACUUGGGUACCUAUGUGUAUCUUUUAUCAUUGCUUAGUCCCUUUUCUUCCUUUUUUUAUACUCGAUUGGUUGUAAAAACAUUUUCUCAGAGUAAAAAUUAAACUUUGAAAAUGAAAAAUAAUGAUCACACGAAUCGCAAACAAAAGUAAAAACAACCCAGGGAAACUGAAUCUCAUUUGACCAAAAUUUUAAUUUAUAGAUGAAAUCAGAAUCAAGUGAUUGAAUUUGAUCAGAUCAAGAAAUGAACCAUAGCUGACAAUAUCUGAUUUGAUAUGUGCUUAACAACCCGGAAAACCGAUAGGAUCUGAUCAGAUUUAAUCAGACUUGACUUGACAGCUAGUGAUCAGAUCCCAGUUCUUUUCUUGUAAAUUGUGCUGCAGAAUUUCCUGUUUUUCACAUGAAAAUAUCACAAAAAUGUAUUGAAACUGAUGAAACACCCGAGCUCAACUUUUCAAUACCUACACUUAACGAAGUGCAUGUUUAAAAGCAUUCCUAUCAAAUUUUUCUUGUUCUUGUUCAGCUGGUGUCAAGUGGGUACUUUCAUAAAAGUUUCGGGCCAUACUCAUUUUCACCGUGUGAUAAUUGAAUACCCAUUAAAUUCAUUUUCAUCGUUACCUAUCCAUAUUUUCGGUUAAAUAUUUUAUAAGCACAUCGAUUAAUACAUAAGCUUAGAUAGUCUGUAGAAUAUUCACAAAAUUACCUACUCGUACUGGUCCUCUUUUAAAGAAAACAUAUUUUCACCUUUUCUUAAUUAGUUAAGCAGCGAGAAAGAUGCUUUGUCACGCCAAUACCUGCCUAUAUUUUUGCAAGCUAUAAGAACAUGGGUCUGUUUUAGUAUGUACUCUUGCGGUUUAUCCUGAAUUUUUAUUCAUUUAUUUUUUCUGUUGUAACUAAACUGAAAAAUUGUCUUGAUUUUUUUUUUAUCACAAGUUACAAAUUGCAUUUACAGUGUUAUUACCGUACAGAAUGUUGUAAAUACGGUAUACUUUACCAAUGUAUUAUUAUAUGUACAUAAGUUAAUGGUAUUUAAGCAGUGUUAUUUGUGUAUAAGUAGGUAGGUACCUGGUACCUGUGUUGAGUGAAAAAUCAAAAUAAGCAAAGUUGGGGUUGGUAAUUUCCAAAGAGGAUGCGAACUUUUGAAAUAGGUAUUCACAAUUUACUGCGUUAUUUUGAUCUUUCAUUCUGUUAUGUCUACAUUAUGUACCAACUCGGAGGAAAUACAUAAAUAGGAUCUGAUCUUUUCUGAACAGAUAGAAUUUAAAAACUGAUCAAAACUCUGAUUUGAUUAGAUGAUUAGAUAUGGCCUGCAGUUGAAUUUGAAUCAGAGGAAUGCCCGAUUCUGAUCUUAUCUUAUCUGAUCUAAUCUGAUCAAACUAGUAUGAUCAGAUCAAAUUGGGUUUCCCUUAUCAGAUCUGAACACCCUGAUUUGAUUAAAUGAUUAGAUAUGGCCUGCAGUUGAAUUUGAAUCAGAGGAAUGUCCAAUUCUGAUCUUAUCUUAUCCGAUCAGAUCUGAUCUAAUCCGAUCAAACUAGUAUGAUCAGAUCAAAUUGGGUUUCCCUUAUUGGACCUUAUCAGAUCUGAACUCCUUGAUUUGAUUAGAUGAUUAGUUAUAGCCUGCAGUUGAAUUUUAAUCAGAGGAAUGCCCAAUUCUGAUCUUAUCUUAUCUGAUCAGAUCUGAUCUAAUGUGAUCAAACUAGUAUGAUCAGAUCAAAUUGGAUUUCCCUUAUCAGAUCUGAACACCCUGAUUUUAUUAAAUGAUUAGAUAUGGCCUGCAGUUGAAUUUGAAUCAGAGAAAUGUCCAAUUCUGAUCUUAUCUUAUCUGAUCAGAUCUGAUCUAAUCUGAUCAAACUAGUAUGAUUAGAUCAAAUUGGGUUUCCCUUAUUGGACCUUAUCAGAUCUGAACACAUCUAGGUAAUUCGAUCAAAAAACUGAACUCUGAUCUGAUUAGUUGGUUAGAUCUGAUCUGCAGGUGAAUUUGAUCUGAUCCGAUUUGAUUUGAUCUGAUCCGAUCCGAUCUAAUCUAAGUCUGAUCAGAUCAAAUUGGAGUUACCUUGUUGGACCUUAUCAGAUCUGAACACAUCUAAUUCGAUCAAAACCGAACUCUGAUCUGAUUAGACGGGGAUCUGGUCAAAUCAAAUUGAAUGCAUGGGAAUUCCCAUUAUAUGUAUUAUUCUCUCAGAUCCUAUCAUUUUCCUCUGGGUAUGUGUACUGGGAGGGGGGGGGGUUGUGCGGUGGCAGAUAUGAGAUAAUUAAAUAGGUAUGUAAUUUGUUAAAGUAGAGUGUGAAAUUUACAUGUCAAUGGUUCUUGAUGUUUUGUAUGUAUGUGCCAUUGUACGUGUAGAUAUUCACUUUGUAUGGAUUACUAGCAAAAUGUGUCUUUUAAUAUUAUACUCUUUGAUUGACAUAGGUACCUACAUAUUAGGGACAAUUGAGGGUGAUCUCAAUUCAUGGUCAGGUAUGCCAAAUUUGAAGCAUUAUGGGAUGUAUAUGUUACAUCAAACUGCUUGAGUGUUAAUUUCAUAUAUUCGUUGAAGGGAGCUGUUGCCUAAUUAAUGCACUUUUCUUAUCUAAAAUAGUUUCAAUAUUAGGUAUUUUUUUAAAAUCAGGAUAGAACUACUCAUGGGUAAAAGAUGGGGAUCUGAUUAGAUCAGGCGAUUGACUGUACCUACCUGAGCAGUGAGCAGUUUAGAUUCGAUAUGUGCUAAUCUGAACAGGUCAAACAUCUAUCCAGGGAUAAGUGACCCAAUUCGAUCAGAUCGGUUUGAUCAGAUCAGAUCAGCAUUUUUUUCAGACCAGUUUGAUUUGAUCAGAUCCAAUCCGAUCUGAGCAUUCUCUAGAUUCAAUUUGAUCUGAUUUAGAUCAGUUUGAUUAGACCUGAUCAGAAUUGUACACACAGCUACAGUUGACAUGAUCAGAUCAGAUGUGAACAUUCCCCGGAUGCAAUUUGAUCUGAUCAGGUCUAAUCAAGUUAGUUUUGAUCAUAAAUACUAUCUUUUCAGAGCUGAUCAAAUAUGAUUAUUCUCCCCUGAGCAUUUUUUUAAAAAUUGAAUUGAAAUUAAAAACUCCUGCAAUUAUUAUUUUCUUUGCGAACGUACCUACCUAACUUUGAAGAAACAUUUUUAAAUGCUGUAAAAGAUAGAAACACAUUUGAUGAUAGCACGAUUUAGAUGUAACAUAAUAUUGAUGCAUAGAGAUUACAUACGUAUUAAUUGCGUCUGUAAAGUGUAAAAUGUAUUAGCUAUAAUAGCUAGUCUGGUGAUUUAUUGUUGAAUUAUAUAAGGAAGAAAUGAAAAAAGUAUUCAAAUGUUACCAUUAAUAGUUUAGUGUGUAUUUAUAUUCUGCAUUAUUGUAUCAUACGUGUAUUAUGUACUGGGUUUUUUCGUGUGCGUUUGUAGGUUGUGAGUAUUCUUAUAUACGAGUACAUACCUAUAUUGAGCACUUUGCCCAUGGUUCAAAUACCUACCUACAUAAUAAUGCAUCAAUUAGAGAAUGCAGUUUACUUGUACGUAGACCUAGGUAUCCAUAUCUAAUGGUUGUACUUACAUUACGUGCUCUAUUGAGAAUUGGUUAAGAUAGGUCGGGGUUGAAAUCAGACCUUUUUUUGACUCCAUUUGAUCACAUCUACUCGUAGGAUUCGGCUCGUUUGACCAAAAGGUUUGUCAAAGUUUAUUUUUGUUUUUAAUUAGAUCAAGUAUGUAUCAAAGUCGAAUCAGUGAUGAAUUUCAUCGUCAAAAUCAAAAUGAUUAUGAACUGAUUAUAAUAAUUUAAUCGAAAUUGUAUUACAAGUGCUUAAAUAUGAGCCAAACUCAAAAUUUCAAUUUUAUAAAAAUUUGAUCGAGUCGCAAAAAAAAGAAUCGAAUUUUCAACCCUGAAUUAAGUACCUACUUAGGCGUGUUUGGUCCGAAUAUUAGGUUGUUUAGCCUAAUGAAAAGUAAAAUUUAUCUAUUUCCUCUUAAUUACCAUAUACAUAAUUAUUUUAUUUGUACUUGUACCAUGUAAACCGAAUUCAAACGAAAGAUUUUAUUUAAUUUGUCAUCAUUCUCUUAAUUUAUACCAAUAUUGCUAUAAUCUAUGUUGAUCGCGUAUGAGUAAUUUUGAAAAUUAAGUUUUACAAUACUCGUUAAAACGUGUUAAUGUUUAAUAAAAUCUGUUUUUUCUAACUUGA